UUCGCCUUCUGCCUGGUAGCGGAGGAGACGGCGCCCCAUAGCCAGCAGCGCUGCUGCGUGAGGAGGGACCGCUGCGUUCCGGGCCCUGCUCUGACGUCAGGGGCCCUUGGUUCCGCCGGCGGAGCGCACUGGACUGGGCCGGCCAGGACCGUGAGGCCGGGGCGCUGCUGCUGCCGCAGAGAGGGGGAGGUGACGGUGGGACUGCCGGGCCGGGGCAGCAGAAGCAGCGCUCGUCCCCCUCCCCCUCGUGCGGGACAAAGUUGGCUGUCUCGGGGGGUCUGACGGAGGGGAGUCGCGGCAAUCACGCCGGCCCCUAGCCAGAGCUGGCGGCGGAGGAGGCGGAGGCUGACAGAAAAUGCGGUGAGGGCACAGUUCUGAAAGACUGCAAGGGCACUUGAGAAAAUGCUAGCAAAGACAAAAUGAGGUCGGGUACCACCAAGGCCUAGAACUGUCCUAUUAAGAACAGUUCUGCACAGGCAAUAUACGAAUGGCCCAAGGAAGCUCGCAAGUGGAUUUUCAGGUUUUAAAUGACCUGCGGCAGAAAUUCCCUGAGGUGCCUGAAGUUGUUGUUUCUCGGUGUAUGCAACAGAAUAACAACAAUCUGGAUGCUUGCUGUGCAGUCCUAUCCCAAGAAAGUACAAAAUACCUGUAUGGUGAAGGAGACUUCUCUUUUUCGGAGGAAUCUGACAUUGGUUUAAGAAAUCACAUGACGUCCCUUAAUUUGGAUUUGCAGUCGCAAUACCAUGAUGGCAGGGACGGAAGUAGAAUGAAUGGAAGCAGUAGAACUUUAACUCACAGCAUAAGUGAUGGGCACCUUCAGGGAGGGCAGUCCAACGAACUGUAUCAACAAGAGCCACAGACUGCACCCGCUAAUGUGCCUUCCAAUUUUAAUGUGUUUGGAAUGGCAAAUACAAUUCAUGCUUCAAACCCCGGCCAUCAGUUUGGACUUCAUUUAGGCAGCAAAAGCUCUUCAGGCUUACAAUCACCCAGGUUCAAUCCUAUCAUGGUUACCUUGGGUCCCAAUAUCCAGUCUAAUCGUAAUACCCCCACAUCUUUGCACAUACAUGGUGGUCCGCCGCCUGUACUUAACAGUCCACAUGGAAAUUCUAUCUAUAUUAGACCUUAUAUUACUUCUCAAAGUGGCACACCACGGCAAACACCCCAACAACCUGGCUGGAUGUCUCAGAUUCCCACACAAGUUUAUCAGCCAUCACAGCCAAAUCCCUGGACAACUCUGCCUUCUUCAUAUACUCAGUCACAUACCUCAGCCCAAUCGAACCAGCAGGGUCACCAGACCUCUCAUGUGUAUAUGCCCAUUAGUUCACCCACUACGCCUCAAGCGCCAGUGCUUCAUUCAUCCGGUGGUAACACCCAACCCUCCACCCUGUACAACAUUCAAAAUAUCUCAACUGGUCCCAGGAAAAACCAAAUUGAAAUCAAACUUGAACCACCACAAAGAAGUAAUUCAAUGUUGCGUUCCACAAAUUCCCGAAGUUCCACUAACCCAUCUUCUUUAAGCAGUCACACAAGGAACCAACCCACUGUUUACUUUGCAAGCCCACCAAACUCCGAUGAGAUGAUCAGCCGCAACCAACCUAAGGUCUACAUUUCAGGUCCUGGUGGUGAUGACCAGGUUCUUCGGAAUCAGCCUACUCUCUUCAUUUCAGCCAAUUCUGGUCCUGCAGCCACAGCCAGGAAUGUUUCUGGGCAAGUAAGCAUGGGUCCUGCUUUCAUUCACCAUCAUCCACCCAAAAGCAGAGCACUUGGAAACAACGCAACUUCUCCUCGUGUUGUUGUGACUCAGCCGAACACAAAGUACACAUUUAAAAUAACAGUGUCCCCAAACAAACCACCUGCAGUUUCACCUGGGGUUGUAUCCCCAACCUUUGAGCCUACAAAUCUCCUUCCAUUUGCAGAGUCGGAAGGUAUUGGUUUAACGGACCCUGUUUUAGUACACGAUAGAAUGAAUGACUCAAGGAAACCAAGCAUUGGAUCAGAUGAUGCAGCAUAUACACAAGCUUUACUGGUACAUCAGAAGGCGAGAAUGGAGCGACUUCAUCGAGAACUUGAAGUGCAAAAGAAAAAGCUGAACAAACUUAAAACAGAGGUCAAUGAAAUGGAAAAUAAUCUCACUCGGAGACGCCUAAAUAGGUCUAAUUCUGUUUCCCAAAUUCCAUCACUGGAAGAAAUGCAACAGUUAAGGAGUUGUAACAGACAGCUGCAGAUUGACAUAGACUGUCUCACCAAAGAAAUUGAUCUUUUUCAGGCAAGAGGGCCACACUUUGAUCCCAGUGCUAUACAUAAUUUUUAUGACAACAUUGGAUUUCUUGGCCCUGUGCCGCCAAAGCCUAAAGGUACAGCAUCUGUUGAACAAAGGUCCACUGUCAAAACACCAAAGAAUGUUCCAGACAUGGAGGAAGAUGAGGGGUCUCAGUGGAACUGCACUGCAUGUACUUUUCUAAACCACCCUGCCUUAAACCGUUGUGAACAGUGUGACAUGCCCAGGCAUUACUGAGCCAGUAGGUCUUUAUACCUUUUGUGUCAUUGGAAAUUCAAGGAAAUAAAAUUCAACACAACUAUUCUAAAUGAUAGGAGUAAUUAAGUCUGAAAGUGUGGCCUCUGGUUGUUUACUUAUGGUAAACGUCAGCCACAGAAUAAUACCUCAGUGUUGUAUUGUGUGCAGUUGGGCUUUUGCCUCUCUUAAAUUCUCUGAUCAAUGUAAAACUGAGACACCUGGUUCCCAACUGCCACCUGUACCAUGUACAGUAUUAACCUUUCUAAGAAGAAUUCUCACUGUGCCCAGUGUUUUGGGCUCUUGCUAAUCUCUCUGCAAAAGUUACUGGAGUGUUUUGAAUAUAUUCAGUGGAGAAGAGAAGUGUGAGAGUUUGGUCAGCUUUUUAUUUCUCCAUAAGACAAUCUAACGCCAAAAACAGUACAUAGAGAGGAAAUGCAACUUGCUGUGACCUGUUGCCGCCACAUGAACAGAAAAAGGACUUAGUAGUUCAUUGGUUAUAGUGCCUCUCAAGAACCUCCCUUGGCUUGUGAAACCAGCAUCAGUACAAUCAAGUGUAACGAAGAAAAUGAAAAAAAAAACUGCAUGCAUUGUCUGUACGAUACAGUGAAAUUACCCACCGCUUUUUUUUUUUUUUUAGUUUGUUUCCAUUUUGUACAUAGCUCUAAAGCCUGCUUGAUUUUUUUUUUCUUUAUUUUUAUUGUUCUCGCCUUUAUUAAUUUUCUGUACUUCUGUAUGUAUAGUUUAAUAGGGUUUUUGUUUCCUUUCUUUUAAAUUUUUUGGCACAAUCAAUGUCCUUUUUUAAAGCUUUUCUCAAAACAAUGGUGCCUUAAGUUGGUGGCGGGAGGGAAUAAAGCAUUGUGCAUAGUUUCAUAUUGUUAGUUAUCUCUCCCAACAGAACUUCUUUCUUGUAUAUGCUGAUGUCCUGUGAAAAGGCACAAUGUCUUUUAAAAGAGUAUAUCAAUAAUUUUCUGUACACAUUUGAAUUUUACAGUGGGUGUCUCUCUCUCUCGCUCUCAAAAAAAAGUGUAUCUCCUGAACCUCACUUAAAUGUUUUUUCUUUUGUAAGCAGUAUUUGCUAAUUGUGCGAAGCGUAGUGCGUUUAAUAAUCACACAACUUUGACCAAAUUAAUUAUUUGAAGGCAAUACACCCCCAUGGCGGCUGUCUGUAAUUAUGCAGGUUUUAGUAUGGAGAUCUGAAUUGCACAUUUUUGCAAAGUGCACCUUUAAACAUAUUUUCAAGUACUGUAACCUCAUUAUCAACUUAACUAUUUUGCUCUGUCUGUUUUGAUAAGUUUCAUAGGAUGGGGGGCCUACUUGUCAGAUACACAUGGGUCCAGUUAGAAUGGUCUGAAAUUUAUAACAUUCCUCUUUAAGAGGAUUGCUGACAUUUAAACAAAAGGUCCCAAUCUACCAUACAGCUGGAUCAAUCUGAUUAUUGCAUCCCCAGGAAAAUGCUUAAUAAUGGUUGAGAAAAGGCACAGGCUGUUUUUUUUUUAAUUAUUAUUAUUUUUUGGUUUUGUUUUUUUAAGGAUACAGCUCGAGGAAUAUCACGCAUUUCACAAGUAACUCUCACAAUUGUUGAAAUUACCAAUAUCUGCUUGGCAUCUCAGAUAAUGUGCAUAUUUGCUGCUUUAUUUAAAUAUUGAGAUAAAAAGGUUAUAAUCAAUGGCUACCAUUUCCUAUCAAACUUUUUAUAUUAAAAUAGCCAUUUGAUAACUAAAGUCAUCCACUGUAAAUUAUUCAACAUCUUAAAUUCAUUGUUUUUAUGGUUUUGUACCAGUAAACUAAAAUGUGAUAAGCUUUACUUCUAAGGCUCUUCCUUGUGUUGCAGAAUACAUUUCUAGGUAAUCGUGUUGCAGAGGCUUGUGAUGUUUUUAGGCCUUCCAGCACUCUAAUGGGGCUAGACAGCAAAAAGAAAGCACUUACAAGCAAUACUUUUUGUUAAAAAGACCAUUUUACAGCUUCAUCUGCAGUUUUCUGUGAAGAUUGACAAAUCAAUUUUUACUUGUUUUAUUAAUAAAACUUAAUUUGGA